AUGAAGUGGGAAAUGGAACUCGUAACUCCUACAUCAUACACUUCAAACUCCAAUUGGUGUAUGGAAGAAAACAGAAGCACAAAAUGGAGUCAUGAGGAGAACAAGCUAUUUGAAAAUGCUCUUGCAGUUUACGACAGAGAUACUCCAGAUCGGUGGCAUAAAGUCGCGGAAAUGAUACCGGGGAAAACAGCUGGUGAUGUUAUGAGACAGUACAAGGAAUUGGAAGAUGAUGUUUGUAAUAUAGAAGCUGGUUUGAUACCAGUUCCUGGAUAUAGUGCUCCUACUUCACCUUUUACCUUAGAUUGGGUGGGCAAUUCUGGUUAUGAUGCUUCCAAAGGAAAUGGAAAGAGAUCUUCUUUAGUUAGAGCUCCUGAGCAUGAAAGGAAGAAAGGUGUGCCAUGGACUGAAGAAGAACACAAAUUAUUUCUACUAGGUCUAAAGAAAUAUGGCAAAGGUGAUUGGAGAAAUAUUUCGCGCAAUUUCGUUGUCACUAGGACUCCAACUCAAGUGGCAAGCCAUGCUCAAAAGUAUUUCAUAAGACAACUUUCAGGAGGCAAAGACAAGAGAAGGGCUAGCAUUCAUGACAUAACAACAGUGAAUCUCACAGAAAAAAUUGGAUCUUGCUCUUCGGAAGACACCAAUGAUAGGUCUACUUCGCCGCAGAAUUCCAUGUUACUCUCACACCAACAACAUCAACAGCAAUCAAGUUCUAGUACUACAACAAAUUUUCUUUGGAGGAAUGAUCAGCAAAAUUCAAUGGUUUUCAAUCCAGCUCAUGAGCAAGUCUUCAUGCCUCCUCAUGGUGUUAACUCCUAUGAGAUUAAAAUGGAAGAGGGUUUUGUUCAUGACUCUUCUUAUCCACAUAACAUGGUUUUCCAAAUGCAACAUCCAUCCCAACAUUAUUCACAUGCAUAA